ACUAUGUUAACAGGGAGUGGAUCGAGACGAUUUUCUUUCUGUCUCUGCUGUGUUUUGGUGUUAACAUGAGAAAAAAACUACACGACAACUAAAAGCUAUAAGCUACUGCGACAGCAACCAGUCAUGGAUUCUGCAUUUGAGAAGCACUGCUCGGAGCUGGUGGCCCGGGAGAGGAGCGGACACACGGCUGUGGUGGAGGACAACCUGCUCUAUGUGUGGGGCGGAUACAUGUUGUGUUCUCUACAGUCAAUUGCUGAUGAUGAAGUUUUCCUUCCCAAUGAUGAAAUCUGGCUGUAUGACUUAGAACGAGGUGUAUGGGAAGUGUUUCACAUGUCAGGAGAAGUCCCUCCCUCUAUGUCUGGGACCUGCGGCUGCUCUCUGAAUGGACACUUGUACAUAUUUGGAGGUUGUGAUGACAACGGACAGACCAAUCAGAUCUACUGUGUCAACCUGACAGACGGUAAAUACACAUGGAGGAAGAUCAUGCAUGAGAUCGGUUCUGCUCCCUCACCUCGAGACAAACUGUCCUGUUGGGUUUACAAUGAAAGGAUCAUCUACUUUGGAGGAUAUGGCCACAAAGUGCUGAAUAGUGUCGAUAGCAGGAACAGAAGCUUCAUUGUAGAUGAAGCAUCAUGGGUGGAAGAUGUAUUCUGGGGAUGGAACAACGAGAUUCAUAUAUUUGACCCCACGCAAGCCAGUUGGAGUGAACCACAGACCCAUGGCCGUGCUCCAGCCCCCAGGGCCGCCCACGCCAGUGCCACAAUCGGCUGUAGAGGAUACGUUUGUGGAGGUAGAGUCAUGGAAACCAGGACGAGUGAUAUUCACUGCUUAGACUUUCAAACGUGGACGUGGUCAGAAAUAGUCCCAGUAUCCAACACUCCAGUGGGCAGAUCGUGGCACACGCUCACAGCGGCAUCAGACGGCACCUUGUUUCUAUUUGGAGGUCUCAGUGUAGACUGCAAACCAAUGAGCGACGGGUGGGUGCUUGAUGUUGAAACAAAGAAAUGGAGAGAGGUUGAGCAUCCCUUUAAGAAUAAGCCAAGGUUGUGGCACACGGCGAGUCCAGGCAAAGACUCUGAUGUGAUUGUGUUUGGUGGAAGUUGUGACUACAUCCUCCUUGUUGACACCGGUCACUGCAACGAUGCACUUGUUUUCCAGACGCAGCCAUAUCCUCUAUUCAGGAUUUGUGAGGAUUACAUUGCAAAGACUGUGAGGAACUAUGAGACGCUCAGAAAUCAGCUUCCUCUCUUGCCUCCCAAACUCCUGACGUCAGUACAGAAGAGGAUGUCUUUCUACAGGCCUUCAAAGAAGCAACAGCAUUAGUUCAAAGAAUGUCUUAAUUGCCAAAAACAAUACAAUAUCAUGCAAUUUCUUAUUCAAGUACUGUACUCCCCUCAGUGUGAACAUCUCAGUCACACUGCAGGGUAUAGUGAUUUUAUUUUUUAAAUAUAUUGUGCAAAAUAUUUUGUUGUUUUAUUGUUUUAGAGAUGCACAUUUUAUUUUGUACAGUCUGCCUGCUGAAAUACUCUAACAAACUGUUCCUGUGAUGAUUAAAUGGCACAUCAAACUGUU